AUGGAGAAUCAAGAAAGUAUUGGUGAAACGUUAGAGACGUUCAAAUGGACCAUUAAGGACUUAUCUAAGUUGAACACCAAGAAGAUUUACUCUCAGGAAUUCUUCAUUGGUGGACAUCCAUGGCGGAUUCUUAUGUUUCCGAAAGGUAACAAGGUGGUUUACUUGUCGAUGUAUUUGGACGCUGGUGAUGCUGCCACUCUGCCAAAUGGAUGGACCAGAUUUUCCAAAUUCCAGUUGGUUCUGAUUAAUCAGGUUAAUAGCAAAAUGACAGAAGUAAGAGAAACUCAACACACAUUCAAUGCCAGAGAGAGUGACUGGGGCUUCAUAUCAUUUAUACCUUUAGCUGACUUUUAUGAUCAUAGCAAGGGGUUUAUUGUGGACGACACUUGUAUUAUUGAAGCCAAGAUUUCCGUCAGCCACCCAGAACUUGAGAAAAAGGUUGAUAAAGCUGCUCCACCAAUUUCUGUGCAAGUUCCUGCUAAGCCUAUUGAACAUGCUGAUAAUCCUAUACCUAUGGACAUAUCUGCAAUCCCAAUUGAUGAGCUUGUUGAUUUCAGGGGUUUAGGGAAAGUAGAAAAAGCGUUUGUUCCUCUUCUAGACGAAGUAUAUGCAAAGCAUCCCUCAGUUAUUGGAUGCCAGAAGAAGAGAAGUAGAAGGUUUAGCGAAUGGGCAUUCACAGCUUUGGGAAGAGUUCUGCAUUUCCUCAAGACUAAAAAGGUGAGAGAUAUGGAUGAAGAGGCUUGUAGCCAUCUUCAAAUCUUAUGGGAGGAACUCGAGACGUUUAGAUUCAAUUUAACUUGGCUGGAGCCACAUGUUCAAUCUGCCUUAGGUAUGAAAAAUUACAUGGAAAGAUCCGCUAAGGUGAAAAGUGUGAAGGAGAAUGUGGCUGCUCUGGAGAUGGAAAUGAAGAAGCUUAAGGCAAUGGUUGCUUCCGUAGAAGUUGAUCUUGAAAUGGCAAGAAGAGAAUUGGUGAAAGUUGAAGAAGGCUUUGAAGAGAUAGAUUUGGAUGGUGAACUAGGAUAUGGACCAUAG